CAUCCCCCUGCCAGGCAUCAGAAAGUGCCACAAUUCUUGGGUUCUGCAUGCCGAGCAGACACAGCAGCCACAAGUGAGGGCGGCCCAGCCUGUGGCUCCAGGAAGAUCCGCUAAAUGAGGCCAUGCUUCCACCUCAUUCUGCAGGAGUCAGGAUGGAAAAGCAGAUGUGAAGUCCCUCAUGGCGAAGUUUAACACAGGGGCCAACCCGACAGAGGAGGUCUCAGGCAACAGCCGACCCUUCAAAGUCACAGGGCAAAGCUCACCUUCGGGAGUACAAGCGAAAAAGAACUUAUUUGACAACCAAGGAAAUGCCAGCCCUCCUGCAGGACCCAGCAAUGUACCUAGGUUUGGGACCCCAAAGCCACCUUUGGGAGUGAAACCUUCUUCUGAGGAAAAGCCUGACAAGGAACCCAAGCCCCCGUUUCUAAAGCCAACUGGAGUGGGCCAAAGAUUUGGAUCCCCAGCAAACUCAGCAACCAGAGACCCUGAAGUGAAAGUAGGAUUUCCGAAACCUGGAGGCCCCAAGCCCUUCAACUUGCCCAAAGAAGAUUCCAAACCUGUGUUUCCACGGCCUCCUGGGACUAAGCCUUUGCUUCACAGUGUAAACCAAGACCAUGACUUAAAGCCACCAGGCCCGAAGUCCGGGUCUAAUCCCCCAGCCCAGGAAAAUGAACAGAAGCAAGUGUUCCCCAAGGUGGCGGGAGUCAAAGGCAAGUUUGUGUCAGCCACACCAGAUCAUGACCCCAAGCCCCUCUUCCCCAAACCCCUCAUUGGCCAGAAGCCAUCCGUGAGCACCGAUGACUCCUAUGAAGAUGAGAGCCCCACUAAGAAUGUGGCUCCACAGAAAGGACCCUUGGCCCCCCUAGGAGCCAAGUCCAAAACUGGCCCUUUAAAACCAGCAAGAGAAGACCCGGAAAAUAAAGACCAUGGAGGAGAGACAUCAAGCUCACCUUUUCCUGGAGUGGUUCUGAGACCUGCAGCAAGCAGAGGUGGCCCAGGCCUCUCUAAAAAUAUUGAAGAAAAAAAAGAAGACGGGAAGAUAGAUGCUGCUAGGAACGUCUUCCUGAGCAAAAUUAAUCAGGAAGAAUCGACUUCCGGGGCUUCUCCUGCCAAGUUCCCUAAGGCACCUUCUAAGCUGACCGUGGGAGGGCCAUGGGGCCAAAGUCAAGAAAAGGAAAAGGGAGAGAAGAAUUCAGCUGCCCCUAAGCAGAAGCCAUUGCCUCCUUUGUUUACCUUGGGCCCACCCCCACCAAAACCCAACAGACCACCCAAUGUUGACCUGACGAAAUUCCGGAAAGCCGCUUCUGGAAACAGUACCAGCAAAAGCCAAACGUCUUACUCAACAACUUCCCUACCACCGCCUCCACCAUCCCAUCCAGCCAGCCAACCGCCAUUGCCAGCAUCUCACCCAUCACAACCGCCAGUCCCAAGCCUACCUCCCAGAAACAUUAAACCUCCCUUAGAUCUAAAAAGUCCUAUAAAUGAAGAAAAUCAAGAUAGUGUCAUGCACUCUGAUGGUACUGGAAAUCUAGAUGAGGAACAAGACAGCGAAGGAGAAACAUAUGAAGACAUAGAAGCAUCCAAAGAAAGAGAGAAGAAAAGGGAAAAGGAGGAAAAGAAGAGAUUAGAGCUGGAGAAAAAGGAACAGAAAGAGAGAGAAAAGAAAGAACAAGAAGUAAAGAAGAAAUUCAAACUAACAGGCCCUAUUCAAGUCAUCCAUCUAGCCAAAGCUUGCUGCGAUGUCAAAGGAGGAAAGAAUGAGCUGAGCUUCAAGCAAGGAGAGCAAAUUGAAAUAAUCCGCAUCACAGACAACCCUGAAGGAAAAUGGCUGGGCAGAACAGCAAGGGGGUCAUAUGGCUAUAUUAAGACAACUGCUGUAGAGAUUGACUAUGAUUCCUUGAAACGGAAAAAAACCUCUCUUGGUGCUCUUUCAAGACCUCUUGAAGAGGACCAAGAAGUAUAUGACGACGUUGCAGAGCAGGAUGACGUCAGCAGCCACAGUCACAGUGGAAGUGGAGGGAUGUUCCCACCUCCACCAGAUGAUGAUAUUUAUGAUGGGAUCGAAGAGGAAGAUGCUGAUGAUGGCUCCACGCUACAGGUUGAAGAGAAGAAUAACUCGUGGUCCUGGGGGAUUUUGAAGAUGUUAAAGGGAAAAGAUGACAAAAAGAAAAGUAUACGAGAGAAACCUCAAGUCUCUGAGUCAGACAAUAAUGAAGGUUCAUCUUUCCCUUCUCCUCCUAAACAAUUCGACAUGGGAGAUGAAGUCUAUGAUGACGUGGAUGCCUCCGAUUUCCCUGCUCCACCAGCAGAGUUGAGCCAAGGAGUCAAAGCCAAGACAGAAGAAAAAGACCCUAAGAAGCUAAAAAAGCAGGAAAAAGAAGAAAAAGACUUCAGGAAAAAAUUUAAAUAUGAUGGUGAAAUUCGAGUCCUAUAUUCAACCAAAGUUGCAGCUUCCUUGUCUUCUAAAAAGUGGGGGACCAGAGAGCUACAGGUCAAGCCUGGUGAAGCUCUUGAGGUUAUACAAAACACAGACGAUACAAAAGUUCUCUGCAGGAACGAAGAAGGAAAAUAUGGUUAUGUCCUUCGGAGUCACUUGAUAGACAAUGAUGGAGAGAUCUAUGAUGAUAUUGCUGAUGGUUGCAUCUAUGACAAUGACUAGCUCUCAGCUUUGGUCAUUCUUCUAUGUUCAUUUGAUGUCAAUGUGAAGUCUGGAUCUUAAUUGGCAUAUGUUAUUGUGUUCAUAGAAAAAUCAAUGCACAAAAACUACUUAUUACUGUUAGUUAUAAAAUUCUGAUUAUAAAGUUUUGAAAUUUUGAACUCAGAAAAUGAUCUAUCUGCUUAAUCAACAUCUUGGAAGACUGCAUCAAUGAGAUGUAAGAAUUAUUAAAUAUCCCAUUUCUGCCUCAGCUGCAAUUAUGAAGGCACUUCUUUCAGACCAUCCAUAGACAACUCCCCCUUCCUAAAAAAACAAAAAAAAAUCAUUUGAGAAGAAAUGACUGUAUUGUUUAAAGAAAGAUAAGGAAGAAGAAUAAAGAAAGAUAAGGAAGAAGAAUAAGGAAAUAUAAGGAAGAAAAUUUUAAAACAUUUCACAAGAAGGAAAACUAUUGUUUGCACCUGUAAUUAUGAUCAUAUGUUAUAUUCUCUUUUCAAAUCAUCUAUCUUUACAAAGGCAGACUUUCUCCUCUCUUGCUGGUGAGUUACAUCUUUUCAAAAAUUAUAGAAGUAGCAGAAAUUGUAUAUAAAGUUUGUCCCUAUUUGUUAAUUGUGAAUAUGUGUUAAUUACCUAAGAUUAAAACUAUAGAUGAGUCUAAACUAAGUUUUCUGUUUGCAGAUUCAUGUUCUAAGGGUAUAAUUCGGUAUUUUGUUUACUGUUGUAACUAGAGUAGAUAUGAGUGAGGACUACCCUAAAAUUACAAAGAAUGAGAGAAUGGACUUUGAAAUUAACUAAACUUUAUGCCAUCUCUUUACUAUGAAGACUCCUUUAACGGUUUUUGGUUUUGUUUUUCAAUUACCUCUACGGAACUUUUUUCUUUGAAACCACUUUAAUGGAAAGUUGGCCAGCAGAGGGAGUAUAGAUUAGUAAUCCUGAGUGUUUAGCUAAGAUGUUCCCUACUGAUGCAGACUCAUUCCCAGAGCAAACCAAAAACAAAAGGUGAAGCUUCUGGGUUCCAAAUGCUAAGAACACUAAACACUAUGAUAUGAAAUGCAAAACCCUAACACCCAAGAAGAUAGCGUAUUAGGUAAUUUUUUCACAACUUCCAAAAUAUGAAAUGAGCAAAUCCUAAUGCUGGCUCUGCUGCAAAUGGAACAUGAUGUGAUAUCGGGUAAAUUAUUGAUCUUGCCAGUUUCCUCAUCUGCAAAUUACAGGAUUAGGCUAAGUCAGUUUUUCCCAACUUUUUUACUAUGAGUUACCUCAAACUCUUAUAAUCUUCCCCCUACCCCAGCCCUGUGUUUCAGAAGCUUCUGUUUAUUUUUAAAACUCAUUGAUUAAAUAAUAAUUAAUGCAUUAUUCAUGUUUUAAUAUUGUAAAGGCCCAUUGGAACUUCUGAAGAGUGGCCCCACUGAACUGAAGUAAUUUCAGAUAAUUGUAAAGGAACUCAAAACUUUUAUAUGAGUAAAGUGGAAUUUCUAUUAGGAGCAUUGAAAUUUGAAAAUAGAUCAUCAACUUCUAUUGCUAGAUUUACAGAUUCUGGGAGUCUGAGGUCCCUGAAUUAGAAGCCACUCAUCUCAAAGACCUCUUCCAAUUAUGAAAUACUUAGACAUCUACUUUUUGAUAGGGGAAGCCUGUAUAUGCUCACG